UGAUUGGCGAAUUCAGCGGACGGGAAGACUUGUCGAAUAAAUAAAACGCAGGACGGGGCGAACUCUUAGCAGCUCUGUUUCCCCUACCGAUUGUCGUCUCAUCAGCGGGGCGGAAUUACCAAGAUGGUGCGACGAAAAAUCAACAACGCAGCGGCGGACGACGCAGAGCCGCUGCUGAAGAAGGGCGCGACCCGGAAGCGAUUCAGCAACGCCGGCGAUCUGGACCACGAUGCCAAACGACAGCGGCCCGAGCUGAAAGAGAGGACCGACUACUCCCGCUGGCGCAUGCGGGACGAUCACGGCAGACAUACAUGGCACUACCUCGAGGAUGACGAGCAGGCUAAGGAGUGGCCCCAGACCUACGCCGACAAGUACUAUCUUGGCCUGCCCCUGGAUCUGCCCCAGCUCCCCAAGCCCAAGGAACCCCUUGAUGCCGUCCGAAACGGUCUCGAAUUCUUCAUGAAGCUUCAACUUCCGAGCGGCCACUGGGGAUGCGAGUAUGGCGGUCCCAUGUUUCUCCUGCCCUGCGUCGUCCUCGCCUGGUACGUGACCAAGACGCCGAUCCCCUGGUAUUACGCCACCGAAAUCAAGAACUACCUGUUUGCCCGAGCCCACCCCGAAGACGGCGGAUGGGGUCUGCAUAUCGAGGGUGAGACAUCUGUGUUUGGAACGGUGCUCAACUACACCGUCUUGCGACUGGUGGGUGUCGACGCCGACCACCCUAAGAUGGUCAAGGCCCGCGCUACCCUACACCAGCUCGGCGGUGCAACACACGCCCCGCACUGGGCAAAGUGGUGGCUUGCUGUGUUGGGAGUCGCGAACUGGGACAUUGUCAACCCUGUGCCACCCGAGCUGUGGCUUCUGCCAGAUUGUGUUCCCUUCGCACCCUGGAGAUGGUGGAUCCACAUUCGGCAGGUCUUCCUCCCCAUGAGCUACCUCUGGUCCAGGCGCUGGCAAGCCGAAGAGACCGACGUUUUACGCUCCCUCCGCAAAGAGCUCUUCGUCGAGGACUGGGACAAGAUCAAUUGGGCCGCCCACCGCAACACCAUUCAUCCAAGGGACAACUACCACCCCAAGACAUGGCUGCUCAACCUAAUCAACUGGUUCCUUGUCAAUGUUUGGAAGCCCAUCUUCAGAACACAGGCCCUGGCUGACAAGGCCGAGACUUGGGCAAUGAGGCUCAUCGAGAUGGAGAACGAAAACACGGAUCACGCGGAUCUGGCCACCGUGUCUGGCCCCAUGAACCUCGUUUGUCUGUACGCUCGGGACGGCCCCGACUCGUAUGCUGUGCGCCGGCACAGAGAGAGGUCCCAUGAAUUUCUCUGGGUCAAGAACGAAGGCCUGCUUGCCAACGGCACCAACGGAGUGCAGUGUUGGGACACGGCGUUCGCCAUCCAAGCCGUGAUGGAUGCAGGUCUGACCGAGGAUUCACGAUACAGGGCCAUGCUGCUCAAAGCCCUCGAAUUUCUCGACGAGCAGCAGAUCCGUGAAAACGUGAAGGACCAAGGGAAGUGCUACCGCCAGACACGCAAGGGCGGCUGGGCCUUCAGCAACAAGGACCAAGGCUACGUCGUCAGCGACUGCGUCUCGGAAGCCCUCAAAGCCGUCAUCAUUCUGCAGAAGACGCCCGGGUUCCCCACGCUGAUCGACGACCAACGCAUCUUUGACGCUAUCGACACCCUCCUGACCUAUCAAAACCCCAGCGGCAGCUGCUCCUCCUACGAACCGCCCCGCGCCGGCCCCUGGAUGGAGAUGCUCAACGCAGCCGAAGUCUUUGGCCGCAUCAUGGUCGAGUAUGAGUACCCGGAGUGCACCACCGCCGUCGUCACGGCCUUGUCGCUCUUCCACAAGCACUGGCCGCGUUACCGCGGCAAGGAGAUCGAGCGCUUCAUCGUCCGCGCCGUGGCGUGGAUCAAGACCGCCCAGCGGCCGCACGGGGGUUGGUACGGCAGCUGGGGCAUCUGCUUUACCUACGCCACCAUGUUCGCGCUCGAGAGCCUGUCCAGCACCGGUGAGACGUACGCAAACAGCUUCCACGCCAAGCGCGGGUGCGAAUUCCUCCUUUCGAAGCAGCGCGCCGACGGCGGUUGGUCGGAGCAUUACAAGGCCUGCGAAACCGGCGAAUAUGUCGAGCACCCAACCGGCUCCCAAGUCGUCAUGACCGCCUGGGCGCUCAUCGGCCUCAUGAAGGCCAACUACCCGGACAAGGAGCCCAUCAAGAGGGGCAUCAGGUUGCUCAUGAAGCGCCAGCAGCCCAACGGCGAGUGGCUGCAGGAGGCCAUCGAGGGCGUCUUCAACAAGAGCUGCAUGAUUUCGUACCCUAACUACAAGUUCAUUUUCCCCAUGAAGGCGCUGGGCAUGUUCGCAAGACGGUAUCCUGAUGAGAGGGUUGCCUAGGGGGAAACGAAAAAAAGACAAGGUAUGCAUCUCUGAAUGUACACAGAUUAGAUUAGAAGGCGCCUUUGGACAGGAGCGUCAGCACCAGUUAAUGCUUAAU